UUUUGCUUCCUUUUGGUAGGUAACCUCCUUUUGCUGCCACCUUGGUGCUUUUCACUUUUCAGCAAAAAAUUAUUAAAAAUCAUGAUUAUGUGGGACAUUUAGAAAAUCUUGCAGUGGAAAUAAUAUAAUAUGUACGAUAAAUGUUUUGCUGCUUCAAGUAGAUUUCAAUAAAUUGUAUUAGUAUUGCUAUAUCAUUAUUAUUACGGUUUGGAGUUGGAAUCUCAAAAGUUUAACCAUUAAAUAGCUUCUAUAAAAAGAAGAAAGUACUAGCCUAUUUGUUCUUCUUGGUGUAAUGUUCAGUUGAAUCAUGUUAGCAUCACAUUUACUGGAGGUCGAGCUUAUAAAAGUAAUAUAAUAAACAAGGUCAACAUUUGCAAUUCUAUUCACAUUGACAUUAUACCGCAUUUCCUGGAUUCCUCUGCUUCUAGAAUGGAAACUUAUUCAUCCAUUGAUAACACUUGUAAAGAUCAUUAUAUCUUGAGGUAGCAAAGUGAAAGUCAUAAACCAUUAAUGAUUACACACGAAAACUUUCUAUUUCUUUAGUUGAAAAUCCACUGCUGAAUGUAGAAGAGAAGAAAGCUGCCGGUUGGCUAUCUGUUCAAAUAUGGAAAUUAAUUUGUUGAAAAUAGGAUUUUCACUAAUGACAUUUGUGAUUGUCAUUAUUGGAGGAUUAAUCAAUAGUUAUGAAAAGAUCCUACCUGUUUUUAUUAUUGAAUCAUUUCGCUAUGGAAAAUUUUCUUACUGUGGAAAGGAAUCUGGCUUGAAACCUAUUGAAGUUCCCAAAAGAUGGUUCCAACAUUUCUACAUUGUAUCCAGUCUUCUAUCAAUAUCGUCUCUAAUACUGAUGCUGAGGAUCAUAGUAUUUGGCGAAGAGGCACCUUAUGCACUGGUAAAGUUUCUCGAUCUAGUUGGAACUUCAAAUAGAAAAGCUGGAGUGAGUGGAACUGCCCUAUUAAUUGCAUUGAGUCUUAUGUGUCUGCAAUGCUGCAGGAGGCUCUAUGAGACAACAUUCGUCAGUGUCUUCUCAGAUUCCUAUAUGAAUGUAUUUCAUUACCUGGUUGGAUUCGUUCAUUAUAUCGGAUCUAUUCUAGCAAUUCUGUCAGAGGCUCCUAGCUUGACACCUUUAUCCUUUGAAUACAAAGCUGCCUUAUCAAUAUGGGAUGUUGAUACGUUCAUGUUCUUUGGAAUAAUGGUAUUCUGUUGGGCAUGGUAUCACCAGUUCGUCUCAGCAAAGAUUCUUGCUAAUUUGAGGAAAAACAAGAAUGGAUCAGUUGUGACUCUCAAGCAUGGUUUACCAAAAGGAGAUUUAUUCGAAGUUGUCUCUUCACCAUCGCAACUGUGUGAAGUACUUAUUUACUUAUCAUUGGCUGUGAUACUUAGAGGAAACACCACGUGGCCUUUUGUCGUAGUAUGGGUAUUGUCCAAUCAGAUGGAAACAGCUCUGCUGAGCCAUUGGUGGUACCAAGCUGAGUUCAAAGAUUAUCCAAAAGAGAGAAGAGCUAUAGUCCCAUUAUUACUGUGAUAAUUACUUAAUCAUUCUGAAAUUUAAACUACAAUGCUUUAAAAUUAUAGUUUCUAUUGAAUAAGCACAACUAAUGAAUAGUUGAAGUACAUGGGUAAAACCAUUUAAUUCUGUCAUAAGGUGAGGAUAUAUAAUUAUUUAUGUAAGUUAUAGAUUUUCUUCAUUGUACAUACUCUACAAUUACCAAUAAAGUAUUAUAAUACAAAUCAUCAAUAUUAUAAACAAAUAUCAAUUAAUAAAGUUUUUAUUAAUCUAUUUUGAGAAUCUUUACAAUUUUACUGUUUAACAAAGCUCAAAAAAAUUGAAGUUCAAAAAAUUGUAGAUUUUUAAAAUUCAAAGUUUUCUGUUUUAAUUAUCCUGAUAAUUAUCUUCCUUUUUUUUAAUUUUUAUUUUGCUAUUUAUUUUCAUUAGAAUUUAUAAACUAGUAGGAAGUAUGAUAUUAUAUCAUGUCAAAAUUUGCUAAAAUUUUCUCUCAUAAACAUUGAAAACAGAUCUCUUAUUUGUAUACUCCAGGAUAAUAUACUACCUGUCAACUACCAAAGCUUGUACUUAAUACACGUUCAUAUAACAUAAUCCAUUAUGCACAUAGUCCAACUUAUCCCAUUUUUAAUUUCAAAUGCAUCUCAUUUUAUUUUAUAUUUAUUUAUAAUAUAUUCCUGCUAGAGAUUAUACAGUGGACGG